AUGAAUGGCGUAGCAUUUAAAGAUGAGGGUGUCUUUCCAGUGUCGUUUGAACGAAAUAUUUUCAUCACCGGUGAAACUCGCAACAUGCCACCCUCCCUCUCUAAUGAUGUCCUACUACUAGUUGGGGAGUUCCUGGAGGAUCAUCAAGACCGCUUCAAUCUCCUUUUUGUGUGCCAUCAUUUUCAUGAUCUGUUUCGCCGACUCGUCUACCGAUAUGCUGCGCUGAAGGAUUGCAGCCAGACGCGCUCGUUUUUGAGUGCCACUUUGCGACACCCCGAGCUGGCUCGGGCGGUUCGCACUUUGGAUUUGAGUGGGUGGCAAACCAAAUCUGGGUCCUACGAAAGCACCAGCAUAGCUGAAGAGGACAUGGAAGUGUUUCGCAAUUGGACCCGGGAAGUCAGUCACUCAGACGAGGAAUACGUCCAGUGGGAGCGGGAUUUGCAGCAAGAUAUCGAAGAGGCCUGGAUCGCCCUUCUCCUGCCGCUGGUGAGCAACGUACAGCAGUUGCGGUUGUUAUAUCCCAAGGAGAACAGGUAUCUAGACCGCAUGAUGCAGCGGGCGGUUCAGGGAGAGAAGCCUUUCAACACCCAGCCCGCCUUCCGUGCUCUGCGACAAGUUUCCCUGGGUCAUCUGGACGACUCACUUGACAGCAAGGGCACCUACCUCCCAUCGCAGGUCCUCCCGUUCUUCCAGCUACCAUCAAUGCGCGCCAUCACAGCCGAUUCAGUCAUUGAAUCGACCUCCGCGGAUGAGCAGCAGACACAGACGCAGUCGCGAAUCGAGCCAUCGCCGGCCUCGUCGGUAUCUGAAAUUGUCUUGAAUUCCAGCAGCGGCGCCAAGGGCAUGAUGAGCAUUGUUGCCGCUUGCUCCGCCCUUCGGUCUUUCAAAUACCAGCACUCAGACGGCCAUCUGCUCGCUGAAGGCUACCAGCCUGCUGCCUUCUACCGCUCGCUGUCCGCUAGCAAACACACCUUGCGCACUCUCUGGCUUGACAGCUGCGGUGUCCAUCUCCCAUUCACCAUUGCUGGUGCUAACGAGACGCACGACGAGUGGUUCGGGUCGCUGGCCGAUUUCACGAACCUGAAGGACAUCCGGAUCCGUUUGCCCAAUCUUUUGGAUAUCCGGUACCAGGCCGAGCCGUCGGUCCCUCUGACGGAGGUCUUGCCGACUGGAGUGGAGUCGUUGUAUGUAGAAGGAUGCAAGGAGAAUUCGCUGGCGAUGUUGGUGAAGCAGUUGGGGACGCUGCUUGGUAGCGCCAACCGCAGUGGCGUUACCGACGGUAAAAGUGGACAGUCACAUCGCUUCAAGGGCUUGAAAAAGCUGCAGAUCGAGGGAAUGUUCCACGAUGAGGAGGAAUACGAGGACUCUGGAUACGAGGGUUCCCCGACUGGUGACAAGGUCAUCAAGCCGCGGAUUUAUGAGACGGUGGGACCCUUGCGCCGAGCUUGUGAGCUGGCCGGGGUGGACUUGUUCAUCCGGGACCGUUUGUGCCCGGAGACUAUGAAAUGA